AAAGCUCAUGGGCCUUUUGGUAAUCUUAACCGGAGCAGCCAGUUGCCCGCCAUAUAAAACAACCUAACUAUCUCUGUUCCUCCCAUGACCUUUGAAAUCUCCUCUCUCUCUCCCCCGAGUCCGUGAAGAUCGCUGCUACAUUCCUGUUGUAAGAAUCCGAGGUUGAAGAUUAUUGAGCAAAGUGAAGGGGACAGCUAUGGCCUGUGAAUCGAAGCAUCAAUCGUCCUCUUGUGGAUUGGAGUCGUUCGUGAAGGAUGAGUCUCUGGUGGAGCUUGGUUCGGGAAAGUUCGGAUGUGCGCAUUACAGGAGGAGAUGCAAAAUUAGAGCUCCUUGCUGUGACGAAAUCUUUGAUUGUAGGCAUUGUCACAACGAAGCAAAGAACGCUCUCGACGUUAAUCCUCUUCUUCGGCAUGAGAUUCCACGCCAUGACGUUGAAAAGGUCAUAUGUUCCCUGUGUGGCACAGAACAAGAUGUUCAACAAUAUUGCAUCAGCUGUGGGGUUUGUAUGGGAAAGUACUUUUGCCCAAAAUGCAAAUUUUUCGAUGAUGAGGUCUCAAAGAACCAGUUCCACUGUGAUGAAUGUGGCAUCUGCAGAACUGGAGGCGAGGAGAAAUUCUUCCACUGCAGGAAGUGUGGGUGUUGCUAUUCAAACUCAAUCAAGGAUGCACACCACUGCGUUGAAAGGGCAAUGCACCAUAACUGUUCUGUUUGCUUCGAGUUUUUGUUCGAAAGUAUGAAAGAUAUAACUGUCUUACCAUGCGGGCACACAAUACAUUUGGAAUGUGUGAAAGAGAUGGAGCAGCAUUUCCGGUAUUCAUGCCCCAUUUGCUCAAAAUCCAUCUGUGACAUGUCCAGUUUGUGGGAAAAGCUUGAUCGAGAGGUUGCUUCAACUCCAAUGCCAGAAACCUACAAAAAUAAGAUGGUGCGGAUCCUCUGCAACGAUUGUGGGGAAGUAUCCGAUGUCCAUUUCCAUAUUAUUGCACACAAAUGCCUCGGAUGCAAGUCCUAUAACACCAGACAAAUACGAGGAGGCUCUGCUUCUACAUGUACAUCAAGAAUUGCUGGGAUGGUGAACUGACUGCUUCUGUUGAUCAAAGGACUUGACAUGAAAAACAUUCUUUUCAUGGUCGAUAAUAUAUUAUUAGAUGUUGAGGACGAGGAUCAUGUUGGAGGAUGAUGGUGUGAAACCGAAAGUUUCUGGGGCGAUUUGGAUUUGCAGAAUGCAGGUGACGAAGAGGAAGGUAAAUGACCAAUCUGAUUGAUUACAAGUUGCCCAAUUACUUGUACAUGUCCAUAUAUAUAUAUGCAAAAGAUUGUAGUGGAACGAUAAUAGAAUUCAUGGGAUAAUCCUUAAGAAUUGGCUGUGUACCAGUCUAAUACAAUUUGUAAUUUUCAUUGAGGUCCGUGAUGGGCCCAA